AGCUGCGGUAGUGAGAGAGCAUGGCUGCUAAACAAUCCGAGGAGCCCGGCGAGGGAAAUAACUUUGAGGGCCAAUGUAAUGGAUUUCUGAUGAAGCUCAGAGCGUUCAAACCAUCGGAGGUUCUCACUUGGCAGCUUGCUAAGACACUGGCCAUGGGUCAGGGUCUGGCGGGUCUGAUCUGUGGUACCGCCGUAUCCUCUCAGUACCUGGCCACAGAGUUCCAGGUGAACACACCCAUGCUGCAGAGCUUCCUGAACUACACACUGCUGUGUGCCACCUACACCACCAUGCUGAUCUGCAGGAGAGGGGAUGGAAAUAUUUUACAGAUUCUUAAGAGAAGAUGGUGGAAGUACCUACUGCUGGGUCUGGUGGACGUGGAGGCCAACUACACCGUGGUUAAAGCCUAUCAGUACACCACUCUCACCAGCGUGCAGUUGCUGGACUGCUUUGUGAUCCCGGUCCUGAUGCUUCUGUCCUGGUGGAUCCUGAAGACCCGCUAUAAGCUGAUCCACUAUGUGGCCGUCUGCCUCUGUCUGCUGGGGGUGGGGGCCAUGGUGGGGGCUGACCUGCUGGCUGGAAGAGACCAGGGCUCCUCCUCCAACAUCUUACUAGGCGACGGUUUGGUGCUGCUCAGUGCAGCUCUGUAUGCUGUGUCUAAUGUGUCUCAGGAGUACACAGUGAAGAAUCUGAGCAGAGUGGAGUUCCUAGGAAUGAUUGGCCUGUUUGGGACCAUCAUCAGCACCGUCCAGAUGGUGAUCCUAGAGCGCAAUGAGAUUCCCGGCAUCAUCUGGAGCUGGCAAGUUGGGCUCCUGUUCUCUGCUUAUGCUUUGUGCAUGUAUGCUUUGUACAGCUUCAUGCCCAUAGUGAUGAAACUGAGUAGCGCCACCUCCGUCAACCUCUCCCUCCUAACCGCAGAUCUCUUCAGCCUCUUCUUUGGGAUCUUCCUCUUCCAGUACAAUUUCUCUGGACUCUACCUGGUCUCCCUCGUGGUCAUCCUUGUUGGCUUCAUCACCUUCAACGCUGUGCCAACACCCACCGUCUCCACAGACGCCAACACCUCUUCGUCUCCCUCUUCUAUCUACGAGGAAAGCGUUUAUGAGAAUCCGGGGGCGACAGGGAAUGAAUUCGCCACAGAGGAAGCGGCUGUUAGCAUCCCUGCAGAGCUUGAGGAGGAGGAGGAUGUGAAUAAGAAGAGGGCUUCAGAUUUAUCAAUGAGCCUUGGACAGGAAACAUUUCAAGUUGGACUCAGCACUAAACUGUGAACAACUAAAGAGUGGAAAAUAGAAUGUGACUCUUUUUUUUUUUGAGGUGAUCCAAAAGGACGGUGAAUAUAGAAAUAUUGCAGAAAAUCUGUGCAAAUAGAAAACAUUUUCUUUGUUUUUCUUCUUCUUUUUGUAGCUUAUAAUGAGAGUUUAUUUUCUGGUGUCAAAAUCCUUUGUUCCUGAGGAAUGUUUGUCACCGUAUCUUAAAGUUUUUGCUCCAUGGGAGGUUAAAUAAUAGGAAAUAAAGCAUGAAUGUACAGGCUUUGAGGGCAGCAGUUUAGACUCGUCCUUAGUCCUUACGGUCAGAAGGCCCUGGGUUUAAAUCUCAGGGAGGUUGAGGCCUUUUUUAAGAAAUGUAUUCUUUGUCAUAUACA